GAGGAAGGAAGAACGAAUUUGGGACUUGGGUCUUUUGGACGGAAUUGCCAUGAUACCCCGGUUGUGGAUUGCAGCGCUUCAACUAUCAGAGCUCCUUGUGAGCUCUGUGGUCCAUUGUUUAUAUGGGUUUUACAUUUUCAGCACGGCUGUAGCAUCAGAUUUCUCACAGGCAAUAAAUGAAUGUUUGAAGCCCAAUGUGAAUUUUAAUACAGAUACUGAAUUGAGAGGGUUGGACUCUAAACUAUCAAACAAUGAUAUGCCUCCUAUUGUCUUAGUCCAUGGCAUCUUUGGAUUUGGCAAAGGGAGGUUAGGGGGUUUGUCUUAUUUUGCGGGAGCAGAGAAGAAGGAUGACCGGGUGCUCGUUCCAGAUUUGGGUUCCUUGACCAGCAUAUAUGAUAGGGCUCGCGAAUUGUUUUACUACUUGAAAGGGGGACAAGUGGAUUAUGGAGAAGAACACAGUAAAGCUUGUGGGCAUUCCCAGUUUGGAAGGAUUUAUGAGCAAGGUCAUUACCCUGAAUGGGAUGAAGACCAUCCAAUUCAUUUUGUUGGACAUUCUGCGGGAGCCCAGGUGGUUCGACUAUUGCAGCAAAUGUUAGCAGACAAGGCUUUUAAGGGUUAUGAGAACACUUCUGAGAACUGGGUAUUGAGCGUAACUUCCUUAUCUGGGGCGUUGAAUGGGACGACUAGAACCUAUUUAGAUGGGAUGCAACCGGAGGAUGGAAGAUCUAUGAAGCCUGUAUGUCUGCUUCAGUUGUGCCGCUUGGGUGUCAUAAUUUAUGAAUGGCUUGACAUUCCCUUGCUGAAGAACUACUACGAUUUUGGGUUCAGCCACUACAAUAUGUCAUGGAAGAAAAUUGGAAUUUCUGGUCUUGUGGAUUGUCUCCUAGGGAACACAGGUCCUUUUGCUUAUGGAGACUGGAUCCUUCCAGACCUUACAAUUCAAGGAUCCAUGCGGCUCAACUCUCAUCUCAACACUUUCCCUAACACAUUCUACUUCAGCUAUGCUACGAAGAGGACUAGGAAGAUCAUGGGGAUCACAGUCCCUUCUAGCAUACUGCAUAUACACCCCUUGUUCUUCAUCAGAAUUUUCCAGAUGAGCCAAUGGAGACAUCCUCCAGAUGUUUUGCCUCCUUACAAAGGAUACAGGGAUGAGGAUUGGCAGGACAAUGAUGGAGCACUCAAUACCAUAUCCAUGACAUACCCUCGUAUACCGACCAAACACCCAAACCGUUUCAUUGUAGAUGACUCUGAAUGCCAGCCUUUGCAACCGGGAAUCUGGUAUUACAAGCUUGUGGAAGCCGAUCACAUACUUUUUGUUGUGAAUCGGGAGAGAGCUGGAGUGCAAUUUGAUUUGAUAUACGACAGUAUCUUCGAGCGCUGCAGAAAGCAUGUCUUUAGAAGCAAACCACAGACACUACCCAAUCAAACAAACCAGUAGUAAAAAAUACAUUCUGAAUAUACCCAGAGCGAAGAAAAUGAAAAACAAAGCUACCAGAUCAGCCCAAACACUUUUCCCCCCUCUCUCAGAUGUAAUUACUGUUUUUUUCUUCAUUU